GUGCUGUGAGGUGAUCCCAGCCCUGAGAGGUGAUCCCAGUGCUGUGAGGUGAUCCCAGCCCUGAGAGGUGAUCCCAGCCCUGAGAGGUGAUCCCAGUGCUGUGAGCUGAUCCCAGCCCUGAGAGGUGAUCCCAGUGCUGUGAGGUGAUCCCGGUGCUGCAAACCCUCCCUCAGUUUCCCGUGCCAUGGAACACGAGGCUCCUUCCAGUGGGGUUUGUUCUGAAGGAGCCCAGCCCUUCUCCUGGGAGGAGCCGAUGCGAUGGAAGGAGAGCAGCCCUCUCUGACUCCAGAAGAGCUGACAACCCCUUUCCUGAAGAAGGCUCACAACCCACCCCUCCAUGAGGACGUCAACACCGUGAUCAUCGCAGUGGUCAUCACCUUGGUGUUCCUCACGCUGCUGACGGUCCUGGUGGUGAUCAUCAUCUACCUGUACAGAAACAAAGGCAGCUACCUCACCUACGAGCAGCCAGCGGCCGAGGCCGACGUCUCGCUGCACAUGGAGGAUGCUCCAUCCAAAGAGAAAGAGGAGUAUUUCUUCUAAGCCACUCUGAGGCACUCCCAAACUCCCAGGAGCUGGGGGAUCUCACAAGCUGCUUCCUUCCCCCUUCCCCCUCCACUUAAUUUAUUAAGCAAACCAUGGAAGGAAAGUUACUGAGGUGAGGGCUGGGAGCAGCACAGGCCUGCACCCACCCCAUCGGCCCCCCUCAGUGCUAAUACAGACCUUA